AUGGCCAAGCUUUGUAUGGCGCGGUGGGUGGUUCGUGGCUUUCGCCAGCGUGCCGGCGUCGACUUCACCGACACCUUCGCCCCGGUUGUCAAGCCCGGGACGAUCCGCACCGUCCUUCAGCUCGCGGUCUCCCGCGCGUGGCCCGUGCACCAGAUGGAUGUCUCCAACGCCUUCCUUCACGGCCAUCUCGAGGAGCAGGCCCCACGCGCCUGGUACCAGCGCAUCGCAGCGUUUCUUCACCAACUCGGCUUCCGCUCCACCCGCUCUGAUGCCUCGUUGUUUGUGUACAACAAUGGCACCACCACCGCGUACCUGCUGCUCUACGUCGACGACAUCAUCUUGACGGCCAGCUCGACGGACCUGCUGCGACAGAUCACCGAGCGUCUUCGCGCUGAGUUUGCCCUCAAGGACUUGGGGCCCCUGCACUACUUCCUCGGCAUCGAGGUCGUACGUCGCACCGACGGCUUCUUUCUUCAUCAGCGCAAGUACGCCCACGAGCUCCUGGACCGUGCCGGUAUGCUUAAUUGCAAACCCGCGGCCACGCCUGUCGACACAAAGUCCAAGCUCUCCGCCACGGAUGGUUCGUUGGCCACAGACGCGUCACUUUAUCGCUCCAUCAUCGGUGCCCUGCAGUACCUCACCUUGACCCGCCCCGAGCUGCAGUAUGCUGUCCAGCAGGUGUGCCUUCACAUGCAUGCUCCGGGGAAUCCUCAUUGGGCUGCGGUCAAGCGGAUCCUGCGCUACAUUCGUGGCACCAUGGACUUCGGCCUCUCCCUCCACGCCUCCACCGCCACGGAUAUCGUCGCCUACUCGGAUGCCGAUUGGGCAGGCUGCCCCGACACGCGUCGCUCCACGUCCGGCUACUGCGUCUACUUCGGACCUUCGCUCAUCUCCUGGUCGUCUAAGCGACAACCCACGGUCUCUCGCUCCAGCGCCGAAGCGGAGUACCGGGCUGUUGCUAACGCGGUUGCCGAGGUCUCUUGGCUGCGGCAACUUGAUACGUCCAAAGCAUUAGAAGAUUAA